AUGGCCGUCGCCGGCGCUUACGUGAAAGUGACCGGAUCCACGAUGCCGUACAUCACCGGCCGUAAGCUUCACUGUGGAAGCAAAAAACAGUGGUGUGUGAAAGCUUGUAAGGGUGGGUCAGAAGCAGAGGAAGGGAAGAAGACGAUGAUGGCGGUGGUUAAUAAUGAAAAGGAUUGUUUGAAGAUAGAUUUUUCAUCGGGGGAAAAGCCACCCACGCCCUUGUUGGACACCAUCAACUAUCCGAUUCACAUGAAAAACCUCUCCAAGAAGGAUCUGGAGCAAUUGGCAGCCGAGCUGAGAGCCGAAAUCGUGCACACUGUGGCGAAAACUGGAGGACACUUGAGCUCAAGCUUAGGAGUGGUGGAGCUUACAGUGGCCCUGCACCAUGUUUUCAACACCCCUGAUGACAAAAUCAUCUGGGACGUAGGCCAUCAGACAUACGGGCACAAAAUCUUGACCGGUCGGAGGUCGAAAAUGCACACCAUCAGAAAAACUUCAGGGCUAGCCGGUUUCCCCAAAAGGGACGAGAGCAUUUAUGAUGCUUUCGGGGCCGGGCAUAGCUCCACAAGCAUCUCAGCUGGACUUGGUAUGGCUGUGGCGAGAGAUCUGCUUGGGAAGAAGAAUAACGUGGUGUCCGUGAUUGGAGACGGAGCGAUGACAGCUGGACAAGCUUACGAGGCCAUGAACAAUGCUGGAUUUCUCGACUCCAACCUAAUCGUUGUCCUAAACGACAACAAACAGGUGUCCCUGCCCACAGCAACCCUCGACGGGCCCGCCACCCCUGUCGGUGCCCUCAGCAGCGCCCUCGCCAAGCUCCAAGCCAGCCCCAAGUUCAGACAGCUCCGUGAGGCCGCUAAAAGCAUAACGAAGCAGAUCGGGCCGCAAGCCCAUGUAGUGGCGGCCAAGGUCGACGAGUACGCGAGGGGGAUGAUCAGCGCGGCUGGGUCUACGCUGUUUGAGGAGCUUGGGCUUUACUACAUAGGCCCAGUGGACGGCCACAACAUCGAGGACUUGGUCAACAUCUUCGAAAAGGUCAAGACCAUGCCGGCACCCGGCCCGGUUCUGAUUCAUAUCGUCACGGAAAAAGGAAAAGGAUAUCCGCCGGCCGAGGCAGCCGCCGAUAGGAUGCACGGGGUUGUUAAAUUUGAUCCGAGUACUGGAAAGCAAAUGAAGGCCAAAACGGCCACGCUUUCGUACACUCAGUAUUUCGCGGAGUCACUCAUCAAAGAAGCGGAAGCAGACAGCAAGAUCGUGGCCAUCCAUGCGGCCAUGGGCGGGGGGACGGGUCUCAAUUAUUUCCAAAAGCGUUUUCCCGAACGAUGUUUUGAUGUGGGCAUAGCCGAGCAGCACGCUGUCACAUUUGCUGCUGGCUUGGCCUGCGAGGGUCUCAAGCCCUUCUGUGCCAUCUAUUCCUCUUUCCUCCAAAGAGGAUAUGAUCAAGUGGUGCAUGAUGUGGAUCUUCAGAGUUUGCCCGUCCGGUUCGCGAUGGAUCGAUCCGGGCUAGUGGGUGCGGAUGGGCCGACCCAUUGUGGGGCGUUUGAUGUGACCUACAUGGCAUGCUUGCCGAACAUGGUGGUGAUGGCUCCAUCGGACGAGGCUGAGCUCAUGCACAUGGUGGCCACUGCAGCCGCCAUAGAUGACCGCCCGAGUUGCUUCCGGUUCCCGAGGGGAAAUGGUGUGGGGGCUGUCCUUCCGCCUAAUAACAAAGGAGUUCCACUUGAAGUUGGUAAAGGAAGAGUGCUGUUAGAAGGCAGCAAAGUGGCGAUUCUUGGGUACGGAGCCAUAGUCCAGCAGUGUUUGGGGGCUGCAGAAAUGCUCAAGUCCCAUAACAUAUCGGUCACGUUAGUCGACGCAAGGUUCUGCAAGCCAUUGGAUAGUGAUCUGAUCAGACGGCUGGCGAAAGAGCACGAGAUAUUGAUUACUGUAGAGGAAGGCUCGAUCGGAGGGUUUGGGUCCCACGUCUCGCAUUUCCUGUGCCUGAACGGCCUUCUGGACGGACCCCUCAAGUUGAGGUCGAUGGUGCUUCCGGAUAGGUACAUAGAGCACGGAGCACCAAAUGAUCAGAUUGAAGCAGCUGGUCUGUCGGCAAGGCAUAUUUGUGGGACGGUUUUGUCGCUCAUGGGGAAGCCUAUGGAGGCUCUUAAGCUUCAGUGA